GGCGCGCCGGAAAUCCCUCCUGAGGGACGUGAAAGUCUCCCGGUCAGAAGCUUCUGCGGGACUCUGCUUCCUGGUUUGGGAGGAGGGUUUGUGUUUUAGCGAGCGCCGGGUCUGCCGGGGCGGUGAGAAGCAGGAGCUGGGGCAUGGACAGCCGCUUGCAGGAGAUCCGGGAGCGGCAGAAGUUACGGCGGCAGCUCCUAGCUCAGCAGUUGGGAGCUGAGAGUGCAGACAGCAUCGGUGCUGUGUUAAACAGCAAAGAUGAGCAGAGGGAGAUUGCCGAGACCAGAGAGACGUGCAGGGCUUCCUAUGAUACCCCUGCUCCAAAUUCAAAACGGAAGUGUCUGGAUGAAGGAGAUACAGAUGAAGACAAAGUAGAAGAAUAUAAGGAUGAGCUAGAAUUGCAACAGGAGGAAGAAAAUUUGCCAUAUGAAGAAGAGAUUUACAAAGAUUCCAGUACCUUCCUUAAGGGAACGCAAAGCUUAAAUCCCCAUAAUGAUUACUGCCAACAUUUUGUAGACACUGGACAUAGACCUCAGAAUUUCAUCAGAGAUGUAGGGUUAGCUGACAGAUUUGAAGAAUACCCUAAACUUAGGGAGCUCAUCAGACUAAAGGAUGAGUUAAUAGCUAAAUCAAAUACUCCUCCUAUGUACUUACAAGCAGACAUAGAAGCCUUUGACAUCAGAGAAUUGACCCCCAAAUUUGAUGUGAUUCUUCUGGAGCCUCCUUUGGAAGAAUACUAUAGAGAGACUGGCAUCACUGCAAAUGAGAAGUGCUGGACGUGGGAUGACAUUAUGAAGUUGGAAAUCGAUGAGAUUGCAGCUCCUCGGUCGUUUAUAUUUCUCUGGUGCGGUUCCGGGGAAGGACUAGACCUGGGGAGAGUCUGUUUACGAAAGUGGGGUUAUAGAAGAUGUGAAGAUAUUUGUUGGAUUAAAACCAAUAAAAACAAUCCUGGAAAGACAAAGACUCUAGAUCCAAAGGCAGUUUUUCAGAGAACAAAGGAACAUUGCCUCAUGGGGAUCAAAGGGACUGUGAAGCGAAGCACAGAUGGGGACUUCAUUCAUGCUAAUGUUGACAUUGACUUAAUUAUCACAGAAGAACCUGAGAUUGGCAAUAUAGAAAAACCUGUAGAAAUUUUUCAUAUAAUAGAGCAUUUUUGUCUUGGAAGAAGACGUCUUCACCUGUUUGGAAGAGAUAGUACUAUCAGGCCAGGCUGGCUCACAGUUGGACCAACGCUUACAAACAGUAACUACAAUGCAGAAACAUACGCAUCCUAUUUCACUGCCCCCAAUUCAUACUUGACUGGAUGUACAGAGGAAAUCGAGAGGCUUAGACCAAAGUCACCUCCUCCCAAAUCCAAGUCUGACCGUGGUGGUGGAGCUCCUAGAGGUGGAGGGAGAGGGGGAGCGUCUGCUGGCCGAGGUCGAGAAAGAAAUAGAUCCAAUUUUCGAGGAGAAAGAGGUGGCUUUAGGGGUGGUCGUGGAGGCACACACAGAGGUGGCUUUCCACCACGGUAACUUCAAGACACUUGACUAUGACCCUUCUGGCUUCUAUUGUGGAGACGUACUUUAGAACUCACACCCAGCUUGCACUUUGCUUUAGUUUCUAUGUUGCCAGAAAGAUCUUAGCUACCCCAACCCCAUCCCCAGGUCCUUGCAGUUGUCACAGAGACUGCAGUACUGCUCAGGGUAGGUGAGUCACGUGCACGCAGCGGGACAGAAUGACUGAUUUCACCCAAGGCUUUGGCUUGAAAAUAGGUAAGCAGUGGCUUCUGCAUCUCAGGAGCAUGGCAGGAGUCGGGGCUGUGUUGUUCUUGCCAUGGUGUCCACAGCAAUGGGAGACCGGGAACCUGGGGAGAACAGACUGGUGGUGAGCCUUUUGGGCCUUUAAUAUUUUCCUGUUGAAACACUAAAAAGAUGUAGACCAUUUCCUCCUUACUUUUAAAUCCUAAAAAAUAACUUGAAGUAUCAUUUGAGUACUGAAGACUGAGAGAUGAAAUGAAAUCACUUUCUUCCAGAUCAGGAUCCAAGGGGUGCUGGAGCCCUCAGGGUAGGUAAAGGAAGAGGUAGGACUUAGUAGAUUUAAAAAAAAAAAAAAAAAAAAAAAACUUAUCAUAA